AAAGAGGAGGGACAAAUGACGGUUGGUGCAGUGGAGGGUGGCGCAUUCUCGAUAAACAUAUCCUGGGAAACAACCUGUAAACGAAGUGAGACAAUCGAUCAAAGGUUCGCUUUUCCAGUUUGUCGUCUGCUUCAAACAUUCUCCAUCGUUACUGCGCACAGCACGUACUUGUUACUAUACGCGUCCUCCCGUGGUCUUCACCAUCGUCCAUUGAAUAUAGAGGAGCAUCUGUGAACUGCCAUGGAUUUUGGAAGCGAUUUUGUGUACCUCAACUGUGGAGAAGAGCAGGAUGACUUGGAAAAGGUCAAGAUAAGAGAAGAAGAUGAUGCAGUUCUGUCAGAGUCUGAUGAAAGCACUGAUGAUGGAGAGACAUGCAUUUUGGACAUCUUUGACACAGCAGGACAAGAAGAAUACUCAGCCUUGCGUGAAACUUACACUCGAGGAGCUGAUGCUUUUAUCAUGGUGUACAGUGUAACAGAUAGAAGCAGUUUCCAAGAGGCAGAAGCCAUGCACAGCUGGCUCAUGCGUAUUAGGACCAAUGACCUGUACAUGAUGCUGUGCGGCAAUAAAAUAGACCUGACAGAUGAGCGAGUGGUGACACAGAUGGAGGGUGAGGAGCUGGCGAAAAGGCUAGGUGUGCCUUUCAUCGAGACUUCUGCCAAGACAAACCACAACAUCACUGAACUUUACCAUCAGCUGAUUAGGAUGGUGCCACGCUCAGGCAUAGAAUACAAGGUGGUGAUGCUGGGAAGUGGAGGAGUAGGCAAAUCCUCCAUUACACUGCGCUUCACAUCAGACACGUUUCUGCAGGCUUAUGACCCAACAAUAGAAGAUUCCUAUCGAAAGCUAAUCCGAGUGACUGGCCAGCCUCCUGCCGCAAAGAAGAACAGGAAACUCAAAACCACUGAGAAAAAAGCUGCACAAAAGAGUUGGCAACAGUCUGAAGAAAAGCCAAAGAAAAAAAGGAAGAGUGGCAUUCAGAGGUUGUUUUCAAGUUUGCGUCGUUCUUCAAAACACGAUGUUAACAAUUACUCCCAACAACCAGCAGCUGGGUCUCUCCCAGAAAGUGAAGACAGUGAAGAUGAUGUGAAGACAAAACCAAUAACCAGAGUAGAUUAUCAGAGAAAGAUGGAUGGCAAUGUGGUGAUGCUAGAAUUGGGCACACUAGAGAAUGAGCUCAACCUGGUCACAGGGGAUCCAAUCAAGUGCAAGAGCUGUGAGGCGGUUCUGUCAGCCACUGCAUGUCUAGAGGGCACUGAGGGGGAAAAGAAAACGUGGAAAUGUGAAUUCUGUGGCACGAAGAAUGAAGAUCUGAAUGUUGAAGCUGAGGAGAUACCCAAAGGAGACUGCUUUGAUUUCAUUUUGGAACCUGCUCCUCAAAAUCAAGAAGCAACAGAAGAAAUUGUCAAGGAAGCAAAAAAAGAAAUAUCUUCAGGAGUGACUGUGUACUGCAUGGAUGUUAGUUCAUCCAUGGAUAUGCAAUGCUCGAUACCUGAAUUCCAAGCUGUUUGGCGUCAAGAAAGAACAAGAGGUCAGAGUGCGAACAGCUCUGUGUCAAGACUACACUGUAUCAAAGAAGCUGUGCAGAGACAGCUGGAGCAGUUUCAUGUGGAUCAGCCAGAAAGACAUGUCCUGCUCAUGUCCUUUGGCUCUGAAGUAAAUGUGAAUGGUGGAGGAGAAGCGACUUCACAUGCGAACCAGCAUUUCGGCGCACUAGAGAGAAAAAGUUUUGAUGAUUUUAUCAAUGAUGGAAAAGAACUUGCUAGAAACUAUCAUCUGACACCACUCUCUAAUUCAUACACAGCUUUGCAAGAGGCUGUGAAAGGAAUGCAUCCUGCUGGUUGUACAGCGCUUGGUCCCGCACUGACCAUCUGUGCUGGUUUUAUCAGCGGCAUGCCUUCUUCAGAGAUAGUUCUUUGCACUGAUGGCAUGCCUAAUGUGGGUAUUGGCAGCCUGCAGUGUGGCUCAGUAGACCCCUCAUUCUACCAAAAGAUUGGAAAAUAUGCUAAGGACAACAAGUCAGUCAUUAACAUAUUGGCAGUAGAGGGGGAACCAGUCGGACUUCCCCAUGUCAGCAAGGCUGCAGUGGAGAGUGGAGGUACCGUGAACGUGCUGAAUCCACUUGAGAUCGUCAGACAGCUUCGUCAGAUUAUGCAGAAUUCCCUGGUGGCCACCAGCACCACGGUUCUAUUCCUUCUACACCCAGAGUUUGUUUUUGAUGAACCAGGCUACCCAGAGAACAUGAACCGGCUCUCCAAAGAAAUAGGGAAUGUGAUGAAAGACACUAACCUGACCUUUCGUUUCAAAUUAAAAGAUCCUAGCAAAAGCCUGACUCUAAAAGAGGUGCCUUUUCAGGCCCAGAUCUCAUACACUCGCAAAGAUGGCAUGAAGUGUCUCAGAAUCAUGAGCAAGAGCAACAAGGCCACAACCAACAGAACAGAGAUGGAGAAGGGAAUCAAGGUAUCUGUUCUGGGAAUAGCAGCUGUUAAGAAGACAGCUGCUCUUGCACAAGAAGGGAAUGUCAAGGAAGCCAACCGACACCUGAAAGCUGUUAAGCGAUUGGCCAAACGAGGAGCAAAGUCCGAUGAUCAAAAGGAAGAAAUGUCUGCUUUCCAGGAUGGGUGUCUGGAUUUGGAUAAGGAAAUUGAGAGGAACAUUGGCAAAUGGGAUCAAGCUGCUCUACAUGAAAAAGAGAGGAGAACAGAUCUGUUCUGCAAAGCAUCCCAGUUACAAAAUGCUGCAUAUUUAGGCAGUAGCGGGAAAAAGAUGGUGGCUCAGCAACGUGUAGCUUCUGAGAUGGCCAUUCAAAAAUACUAUAACUACAAGUACUGAACUGAUUUUACCUUCUGAUUGCAUUUCAUGCAUUUUCAUCAUGAUUUAUUAGAGGUACAACUGCAUUCAACUUUAUAACAUUUUAUGGAAGAAUUUCAGGACAUUUAGACUGAAAGUGGAUCCAGACAUACUUUAAAAGUACUUUUAAUAGCAUUGCUGUCAUAACAGACCAGUUAUCAAAUAUUUGCAUCUUGCAUCCAAGCAAACUAGUAUGAUCUUUUAAAAUUGCUUUAUCUCUCAAAUCAAAUACAAGUUUACACUGCAAAAGUUGUGAAUGUCUUUUUGUUCAGAUACACUUUAGCUAGCAUGCACAACCUGUACACUAACAAUAAAUGAAACACACACACACAUCCCCCUUUAUGACUUACAUUAUGGUAAACAUUAGCAUCAGUCUCAACAGUAACAUCCCUGAUUAAAACAGAUAUGCGUAGAACAUAUCGCAGUGAAAGACUGUAGUAAAUGUUCAUGCCAUGUGGUGUAUUUAUGACUCUAACAGAUUUCACUUUUGGUGCUAUGGGUGAAAUUAAAAGUUGUAGUAAUGCUGGGAACAAAAUGGGAGAAUGUGAUACAUUUUCUCAGACACGCUAUGAAAUUGUGGGAAAAGCAAUAGGCAGCAUAAUCAAAGUGAGCUUAGCCUCUGCUUUUCGGUUGGGUUCUAUAAUACUAACUCUGACUUAAAAAAUGUUAAUUCUCAUUUAAAACAUGUGUCAUAUUUCUCAGGUGGUUUUUAAAAAUAUUCAGCAGAGGGUUAACAAAUGCAUUGUAUGCAGAGCUAAAAAGAAGAAAUAAAACAAAA